AAAACAGAUUAAACUUACCAGUAGUAUCAGUUCUUUGUAAUAAAUUAAAUAAGGUAAACAGUGAUUGGUUUUUAAUCGGCAUACAAAUAAUUUUUCAAUAAAGUGAUUAAAAAUAUAAAAUACUAGUUUCUGGUACCAACAUGACCUUCCGUACUGAAAAUGUGGCAGUUACAAGAAUCGCGAAAUUUUUGCCCCAAAUUAUUGCAGGAUUUGCAGGAACAUUACUAGCAAUUUCGGAUGGUAUGACGUUCGCCUGGACUUCACCCAUGACAAUCUACCUCACCAGCAAAGAGAGUCACAUAAAAACAACAAAAGAAGUAGUAGAAUGGCUGGAAACGGCAUUUCUGUGCGGGUGCUUUUGUGGUAUUCCCAUAACGCUGUAUGCAGUAGACAAAUUCGGAAGGAAGAAAUCUUUGGUACUCGUGUCUGUGAUGAUGUUGGUUGGCUGGAUUCUGAUCGGUUUGGCCAAUAAGAUGAUUUAUAUAUUUGCUGCAAGGGUUUUGGCAGGUAUAGCUAGCAACAUGGUAUACGUAGCAUGCCCAAUGUACAACGCCGAAAUAGCAGACGAAAAAAUUCGAGGAUUUCUCUCAGCAAUCAUGAUGGUAAUGGACCACACAGGCUCCCUUAUAAUCUACGCAAUAGGACCCUACACGCCGUUCUAUACUGCUCCUCUAUUAGGAUCCGUUAUAGUAAUUUUCCAAAUAAUUGUCUUCUCAUUUAUGCCCGAUUCGCCAUUUUAUUUAAUAUCUUCCGGUAAAAUUGCAGAUGCUCACAAGGCGUUGACGUUCUUUAAGCCUUAUAAAGACGCUGAUGAUGAAAUUAAUGUGAUUUCGUCUUCCAUUGAGAGCGAAAAAAGCGAAAAGGGACAAAAGCUUAGUAUAUUUGACACGAAAGUCAAUAGAAAAGUGCUAACAAUUAUCACGGUGUUAAAUCUAACACCACAAAUGUUGGGUUAUCCAGUCAUCAUUAUGAACCUGCACGUUAUUUUGAAAGCAGCAGGAUCCAUCUACAUGGACUUCUCACUUGCUGCUAUCACAGCUGGUAGUAUAAUGCUGGCAGCGACGAUCUUCUGCUCCAUAUCUGUAGACAGAUUUGGCAGAAGGAUUUUACUUCUAGUAUCAUCGACUGUAUCAGGUUGCUGUGUACUAGCACUAGCUGUUUAUUUCCACUUACAAGCCUUAUCCUACAACACCAUUCCAGUGAGUUGGAUACCGAUAGUAUCGGUAUUUAUAUUUUGUCUUUUUUUCAAGAUCGGCAUCGGUAUAGUACCCUUAAUAGUAAAUGCAGAAAUAGCUCCUGGUAACAUCAAAGCUCUAGCCGUUACGUACGGGGAUGGACUUAAAAUAGUUGGUAGUAUUAUAUCGGUACAGAUUUACCAAUUUGUUACGAAGGCUACAGGUCUCUACUUGCCUUUCUACAUUUAUUCCUGCUCAGCUGUUGUGUUAGGGAUAUUUACGUUUUUCUGGAUUCCAGAGACCAAAGGACACUCACUAGAAGAAAUUCAGAGGAUUCUAAAAUCUGAUUCGAUCGGAAAAAGAUAUUAGUUGUCUGUAUUGUUGAUAUUUAUUUUUUUUUACGAAUAAAGCAUUUGUAU